CAGUAGUUGAGGUAAAUUAGAGUGAAUGAAAGAUGAAAAGCAGGAAUCCAUAACUACAACAAACCUAAUGUAAUGUGUGAAGGACCUUACCUUAGACCUAAUGGUAUGGUAAGUGGUCAGCCAAUGAGCAGCGUCCAGGUGUGAACGCGGCGCACGUUAGCCACUUCCCCCACCAAAUUGGUGGUGCCCUCCCUCGUCCUAUCCUGUCCACAUCUCAAAACCAGCCAGCCGCACACCACCACCCCACCCACUAUGUUACCAAACACCACUUCCACCACCGAACCCUCUUUCUCGCUCUCAUUCUCAUUCCCCCAUGGACGACGCCUCCUCCUCUCCCCCUCCUCCUCCUCCCCCUCCCGAUCCCCCCUCCGCCGUCCCCCUCUCCCUCGUCCCCCUCCCCGCCCCACCCUCCUCCACUCGCCGCCUCCCCCCUCCCUGCUGGUCCCCCGAUGAAACCCUCGCCCUCAUCGACGCCUACCGCGACAAGUGGUACUCCCUCGGCCGCGGCAACCUCAAGGCCACCCACUGGCAGGAGGUCGCCGACGCUGUCUCUAGCCGCUGCCCCAACGCCUCCCCUCCCAAAACUCCUGUCCAGUGCCGCCACAAAAUGGAGAAGCUGCGCAAGCGCUACCGCACCGAGAUCCAACGCGCUCGCUCCCUCCCCGUUUCCCGAUUCAACUCCUCCUGGGCCCACUUCAAGCUCAUGGACUCCAUGGAAAAAGGCCCCUCCCCUGUUAAACCCGAUAUCAACGAUUCCGAUCAUAAUAAUACUGAUAACGAUGACGAUGACGAUGAUGCUGGUCAAGAUCUCUACCACCACCAGAUCAACCACAACGGCCACACCAGAAGCUUGAACAAGCUCUAUAGGAACGGCUUUCCAGGUUCCGGUGGUGGUGCCGGUGGGUUUAGGAUUCGAAUUCCCACUGGGUUGAGCGCGCCGCAGCAGCAGCAUCCUGGAUCUGCUUCCAAGGUGUUUGGGAAGGUUGGGAAUCAGAGAUUCAGCCCCAAUUUGAAUCAAAACCCUAACCCUAAUCUUGGGAAGAAGAGGGAGAGAGACCCCGUGGGUGAAGUGGUGGCUGCGAUUAAGGUAUUGGGAGAUGGGUUUGUGAGAAUGGAACAGAUGAAGAUGGAGAUGGCCAGGGAGAUCGAGACCAUGCGGAUGGAGAUGGAAAUGAAGCGCACUGAGAUGAUUCUAGAAUCGCAACAGCGGAUUGUCGAGGCAUUUGCCAAGGCCGUUUCGGAAAAGAACAGGAAGAAGAAGCCCAAGACUGUGCCAUCAGCCUCUGGUUGAGGUUCAGUGGUCCUUUGGCCCAGCUGCACUUCAACUUCUAUCAGUUUCCAUGUACAAUUGGCUAAAUCUCUUUAAUAUGUAACGUUUAUCAUUAUCUAUUACUUCAUCAGCUUCGUACUUUCUUUGCUCUUUUAAAUCUAACGCUGUUGUGACUUCAUUUUUUCUACCCAAUAUGUUUCUUCUUUCUUAUAAUC